AGGCUGGGGGCCCGUGGCGGAUGGAGCCCGCGAUGGAGCCGGAGACUCUGGAGGCGCGAAUCAACAGAGCCACAAACCCCCUGAACAAGGAGCUGCACUGGGCCAGCAUCAACGGCUUCUGCGAGCAGCUCAACGAGGACUUUGAGGGGCCUCCACUUGCCACCCGGCUGUUGGCCCACAAGAUCCAGUCCCCACAGGAGUGGGAGGCGAUCCAGGCCCUGACGGUGCUGGAAACAUGCAUGAAGAGCUGCGGCAAGAGGUUCCACGACGAGGUGGGCAAGUUCCGCUUCCUCAACGAGCUCAUCAAGGUCGUGUCUCCCAAGUACCUGGGCUCUCGGACGUCGGAGAAGGUGAAGAACAAGAUCUUGGAGCUUCUCUACAGCUGGACGGUCGGCCUCCCUGAGGAGGUGAAGAUCGCAGAGGCCUACCAGAUGCUGAAGAAGCAGGGGAUUGUGAAGGCCGACCCCAAGCUUCCAGAUGAUGCCACCUUUCCCCUUCCUCCGCCACGGCCCAAGAACGUGAUCUUUGAAGACGAGGAGAAAUCCAAGAUGCUGGCCCGCCUGCUGAAGAGCUCCCACCCCGAGGACCUCCGAGCAGCCAACAAACUCAUCAAGGAGAUGGUGCAGGAGGACCAGAAGCGAAUGGAGAAGAUCUCCAAGCGGGUGAGCGCCAUCGAGGAGGUGAACAACAGCGUGAAGCUGCUGACGGAGAUGGUGACGAGCCGCAGCCCGGGAGGCGCGGCCGCCCAAAGCAGUGAGGACCUCAUGAAGGAACUGUACCAGCGCUGUGAGCGCUUGCGGCCCACACUCUUCCGACUGGCCAGCGACACAGAGGACAAUGACGAGGCCUUAGCGGAGAUCCUGCAAGCCAACGACAACCUCACCCAGGUCAUCAACCUGUACAAGCAGCUGGUGCGGGGCGAGGAGGUCAAUGGCGAUGCCACAGCUGCCUCCAUCCCUGGGAGCACCUCGGCCUUGUUGGACCUCUCAGGUCUGGAUCUCCCUCCGGUGGGCACCACUGACCCAGCCACGCCCACCCGCCCUGGUGACCAGGCCAGCCUGGAGCAGCCCAGCACCUCAGUUUCCCUACUUGACGAUGAGCUCAUGUCUCUGGGCCUAAGCGACCCCACACCCGCUUCAGGCCCAGGAUUGGAUGGUGCUGCGUGGAACAGCUUCCAGUCGUCUGAUGGCACGGAGCCCCCCCACCCUACUCCGGCCCCCAACGUGGACAGUCGGCCCCCGGCGCAGACAUCCCUGCCCACGAGUAGUGGCCUGGAUGACUUGGACCUCCUGGGGAAGACCCUCCUGCAGCAGUCGCUGCCCCCAGAGUCCCAGCAAGUGCGGUGGGAGAAGCAGCAGCCAGCCCCCCGGCUCACACUCCGGGACCUGCAGAAUAAAAGCAGCUGCAGCUUGUCCAGCUCCAGCGCCACCAGCCUCCUCCACACCGUGUCCCCCGAGCCCCCUGGGCCCCUGCAGCAGCCCACACCGACGGAGCUCUCACUGGCCAACAUCACUGUGCCUCUGGAGUCCAUCAAACCCAGCAGCAUCUUGCCGGUGACCGUGUAUGACCAACAUGGCUUCCGGGUCCUCUUCCACUUCGCCCGAGACCCACUGCCCGGGCGCUCCGAUGUGCUGGUGGUGGUGGUUUCCAUGCUGAGCACUGCCCCCCAGCCCAUCCGCAACAUUGUUUUCCAGUCAGCUGUCCCCAAGAUCAUGAAGGUGAAGCUGCAGCCGCCCUCAGGCACAGAGCUGCCAGCAUUUAACCCCAUCGUCCACCCCUCAGCCAUCACCCAGGUCCUGCUCCUUGCCAACCCCCAGAAGGAGAAGGUUCGUCUCCGCUACAAGCUGCUGUACACCAUGGGCGACCAGACCUACAACGAGAUGGGGGACGUGGACCAGUUCCCCCCACCGGAGACCUGGGGGAGCCUCUAGAACAGAGAGGGGCUGGGGAGGGGGGGCAGCGGGACUGGCCACCACUGAGCCUGG